AUGGCGAAAAGGCGCUUCCUUGGUUUGGAACGUAGGUUAGACCACCAUCCGGAAUUGAAAGAGGAAUAUUCUGCGUUUAUCAAGGAAUACGAAGAUCUCGGCCAUAUGCGAGAAAUUGAAGCAAACGUGAAUGAAAUUCCAGGGUCCAAUUAUUAUUUGCCACACCACUGCGUGCUACGACCAGGUAGCCUUACGACCAAAUUAAGAGUCGUCUUCGAUGGGUCAGCGCCAACAUCCACAGGUGUUUCGAUAAACGAUGUGUUGCAAGUUGGACCUACCAUGCAAAACGAUCUGGAAUCUAUUCUAUUGAAUUUCCGAGUCUUUCGGUAUGUCUUCACUGUAGAUAUUCUAAAAAUGUUCCGACAGGUUUCGGUCCAUGCUAGCGAUACUCCAUAUCAACGUAUACUGUACCGAACGAAGCGCACUUCUCCACUUAAGAUUUUCCAGUUGCAAACUGUUACAUACGGUUUAGCUUCAUCGCCGUUUCUUGCCACCAUGUCACUAUUUAAACUUGCGGAAGACGGACAACAAGAGUUUCCAGCGGCUGCAGCAGUUAUCAAGCGGUCGUGUUACAUCGAUGAUGCUUUAAGCGGUGGCCAUACAAUUGAAGACACGGUAAAGCUAUGCACAGAACUCGAGAAGCUGCUACAUUCUGGUGGAUUUGAAGCGCACAAAUGGUGCUCUAACACGCAGAAGGUUCUACAGCAUAUUCCAACUGAUUUGAGAGGAAACGAUUUUAAUGUGAAGGAUGGAAACACCACUUAUGUCAUCAAAACACUCGGCAUUUCAUGGAAUCCGGAAGAGGACUGGUUUACUAUGCAGGUGGAGCCAGCAAGGAACGAAAGCGAAGGUAUUUCCCGUAAGAAGAUUUUGAGCGACAUAGCGAAAAUUUUUGAUCCGCUGGGAUUUGUGGGUCCAGUAAUUACUGCAGCCAAGUUGAUAUUUCGGGAAGUUGGAAUGCUGAACAUCAAUUGGGAUGACGAAGUGCCCGAACAUCUUGCAAAACGAUGGCGUAAUUUUCGAGAGGAGCUCUACGUACUGAACAAUCUGAAAAUACAACGGUGGAUCAUCUGCGAAAACAUGGAUCGUCUGGAGCUGCACGGAUUCGGAGAUUCAUCUGACGAUGCGUAUGGGGCCUGUCUCUAUACGCGCCUUGUGCAAAACAACGGUGCUGUUACCAUGAAGCUUGUGUACAGUAAAUCCCGACUUCUACCAAAAAAGGCUGGUAAGGCCAAAGCUAUAACUACCCCUAGAGCGGAGCUAAUGGCAGUUGUCCUAUUAUCUCGUAUGGUAGCCAAAGUUAUUGAUGUCAUCGAUCUUCAUUUCUCCUCGAUAACUUUGUGGACCGAUUCUACGAUCGUUCUUAGCUGGAUUCAGAAAUCUCCUGCUACACUUCAGCAGUUUGUAUCGAACAGGGUCAGUGAGAUACAGCAGCUCACGAAGCAAUACAAUUGGCGGUACAUACCUACAAACCAUAAUCCAGCGGAUCUAAUAUCACGAGGUGAGCGUCCUAGAAAGUUGAUCGACCAAUGCGUGUGGUGGAACGGUCCUGUAAUUUUGCAAAGUCAUGAUGAUAUUAUUGUUCAACCACCCGUGCUGCCGGAAAGUGAAUUACCAGAGAUACGACCAAGUUCCUGUUUGGCAGUAACAACUUCUGUAGAAAGGCUACCAAUCUUUGGGAGGUUGAGCAACUUUAUGAAGAUGCAGCGUUGUAUGGUUUACUUCGUGCGCUUUGCUUACUACAUCAUUUCGAAAAGGCGUAAAAUAGUGACAGGGCUACCGACUGUUCAGAAAACAACUCAAGCUUUGAAACUUAUUGUGCGACUGGUUCAAUGUGAAGCUUUCCGACCAGAAAUAUUGGCGCUACAGAAUGAUUCAGAAACUAAACACCGCUUACGAAGUCUGAACCCGUUCAUGGACCCUGAGGAUGGAAUUUUGCGAGUUGGCGGUCGCAUUAAGCGGGCGUUUAUACCGUUUGAAAGUCGUCACCAGAUCUUGUUACCUGCGAAACAUCCUUUCACUGAAGCGUUGAUUCGACACCAACACAAAGAAAACCUACACGCGGGCCAGAAGGCUUUGUUAGCAGUAGUCCGAUGGGUGACCUACCAUCAUAUCGAGUUCAGCCUGCUCCUGUGUUCGCUCAUACUGGAGUCGACUUUGCUGGCCCUUUCCACAUUAAGUCACACACCGGGUUGA